ACUAAUUGGGACUAUGUGCUAAAGCGUAAUCUAAUGGCUUUCAAAAAAGUUGAUUGAGAGAAAUUGCCAAUAGAUUAUUAUAGUGCCAAGAAAAUGUUGAGGCGUCUAGGUCUCGGGUAUAAAAAGUAUGAUGUUUGUGUGAACAAUUGCAUUUUGUAUUAUGGAGAAUAUGAAAGUCAGUGUUAUUUACAGUGCCCGGUAUGUGAAGAGCCACGAUUUAAGCAGUGUGAUGUGCAUUAUGCUAAGCUUAUAUCAAGAAAGUCUUUGUGGUUAGGUCUGUGCACUGAUGGGUUCACUCCUUUUGGACAUUCUGCAUCUCCGUACUCUUGUUGGCCAGUAUUUGUGUCAGUUUAUAACCUGCCUCCAACAAUGUGCAUGAAGCAGGAAUAUGUAUUCCUUUCAUUGAUUAUCCAAGGUCUCCAAAGUCCUGGACAGAAUAUUGAUGUAAUGUCUCGACCACUAAUCGAUGAUUUGAAGCAGCUUUGGUAUUCUGGAGUCCAAACUUAUGACAGUUUUAGGCGUCAAUACUUUUUGAUGAGGGCUGCACUUAUGUGGACCAUUAGUGACUUACUUGGGUAUGGAAUGUUGUCUAGGUGGAGCACACAUGGUAAAUUAACUUGUCCCUAUUGCAUGGAAAAUUUGAAGGCCUUUUGGUUGGAACACGGUCAGAAGACAUCAUUUUUUUAUUAUCAUCGACAAUUUUUGCCACCGGAUCAUCCAUUUAGGAGAAACAAGAAUGACUUCAUGAAGGGUCGUACAGAGAAUGGAACAAUGCCAAAGAGAUUGUCUAGUUAUGAGAUGCAUAGUCGCAUCCAUUGGUUGCCUGAUAUACUACCUCACAAACAAGGAAUCCACGGAUUUGGUGAAGUAAUUAGUGAUGAGUUCAUUAAUGUCCAUGAGCAUAUCAAAGGUUUAUCUAGUGGUCCAAAAAAUUAUGUUUCUUGCUAUAAUGGAUAUAUUGUCAAUGGAUUCCAAUUUCACAUUGCCCUCUAUGGUAGAAAUAAGCGAACAAUGAAUUAUGAUUACAAGAUUCCUCCUCCUCAAAGGGUUCAAGUGGAUCAAAAACGUCAAUUGGUUGACAUUAAUCCUAGAAGAUACCUUAGAUCUUAUGAGCCUUUCAUUCUUGCUAGUCAAGCAAGGUUUAUUGAAAUACAUGAAAAAGCUGAUGUUGGGGAGGAGAUUGGGGAAGAGGAUGAAGAAGGAGAAUGGGAAGAUUUUGAGACAUCAGAAGAAGAAAAUAUAGAAACAUAUGUUGAGGAGAAUGAUAGUAGUGAUGAGUAGGCAAUAAUAUUGAAACUAUUGAAUUUAGGGUUAAUAUUUGCUUGUUUGUAUUUUUAUAAUUACAUUAGUUGUAUUAUAUGUUAUUUAAUUUAAAAUUGUAUAAUGUCAUUAUUACUUUCAAGUUAAUAUUUGCUUAUUUAUACUUUUAUAAUUGUAUUAGUUGGAAUAAAAUUUAUACGUUUAU